AUGGAUGAAAACCAUAUUGCUGGAAGCAAUCAGAAACAGCUCCCCAAAAGCAUCUUCUCGGGAGCUUUGGGAAGCACAAAAUUGUUUGCAGACUCACGUUCCUGGUUCCCCCACAGAGCUUUGAUGUUCACGAUGGAUCAUUUGAACAUGACCCAGCCCAUGCUUGCUGCUGAAAGCACAGGACCUGCUGCGUCUACUCUUGAGAAAGGUGGAGGGAAUGGAAACGAAUACUUCUAUGUCCUGAUCGUGAUGUCCUUCUACGGCAUCUUCCUGAUGGGCAUCAUGCUGGGCUACAUGAAGUCCAAGAGGAAGGAGAAGAAAUCCAACUUGCUGCUGCUCUACAAGGAUGAGGAGAGGGCGUGGGGACAGGCUGUCAAGCCUCUGCCCACCAUCUCAGGACUGAGGUCUGUCCAGAUCCCCAUGAUGUUCAGCAUGCUGCAAGAGAGCAUGGCACCGGCUCUCUCCUGCACCCUCUGCUCCAUGGAAGGCAGCAGUGUGAGCGAGUCUUCCUUGACAGACGUUCAGCUCACUAUUCAAGAGGAAGUGGCUGACGCCGAGCUGGGAGAAACAGGCGCAGUGGUUCUCCUCGAUGACAGCAGUGAAGGUUCUUCAGAAAGCAUCCACCAAAAUUCCUAGCGCUUGCAGGACCUGGAGACACAGCAUCUUUUGAAUGAGUAGAACUGAAGGAAAACCAUUUUCCAUUUUGCCUCCUUUCUUGAUUUGUCGAGCACCAAUUGAUGGAAGGGGUGCCUGGAAGCAGGGAGGAGAGGCAGCAAGCAGAAAAACAACUAGGUAGGCAUUUGUUGUGCAUAGGAGAAUAAUUUUGUUAUUAAGGACAGGGAGGGAUAUUUCUCUCCUGGCAAAUGUGUUUGCAUAGCCUCUCUGUUUGCUUUAGAAUGCUGCAAAUAUCUGGGAAGUAGCUGGGAAAUAAUCAAGGAUGUUUUGUGAAUGAGCUGCCAGCCUCAUGGAACUGGUCUUAUGAGUGUUUCACCCCCAUAAGCAAGUCUAAAAGAGUUUCUAUGGAAAAUGUGGUCACCAAGGGCAGGGAUAAUGCAAUACCAAACAAAGAGCUUUGCUUCAGCCAAUGAUUAAGCAGGAGCACAGUUUAAUUCAUUCUUGACUCUUAGAUAUGUGCAGCUGUGUCAGAAGAAGUAGGUCCAUGUGCGAGUAUAUCUGAGCAAAUAUUUCUUUCCCAUGAAAGAAAUGAAGCUACAUCCAUUCAUAUCAGCAGACCAUGAUCUCAGUCCAUGGGGAUACUCAAACUCUUUUCAUUUUAGUGGCAUUUAGAGGGGGUGGGGGUAACACAAUGAAACGGAGCGGGCACCAUGGCUAAAUUCUUGUUCCAAUGAUGCAAGAUACGGAACAUGGCCUGUAACAGGCAAUUUAGAUUUCGCGCUGUAGCACCAUUAUCACAAAACACUGGGCUGGAUUCAGACUAAGUUAGUCGUGCUUGAUAUCAGUGGGAGUUAAGAUAGUUAUGAUUAACUUGUCCCAAUGAUUGUAAUGGGAACAAAGCAUUACUAGCUUAGCCUGGAUCUAACCUUUUGUUUGCAAAUGCCCUUCAAACUUAAUUCCUGAUUCUCGUUUGCUGUCUGUCUGCAAACCAUAGUUUGUCAGUUCAAAUAUCAUGCUAAGCCAUAGGUAAGCUUUUUAACCAUAGUUUGGCACUGGUGUCUCUGAAGAACUGAACCACUCUGUAUGUUCAUAUCACAAAUGCUUGAAACUUGCCAGUUAAACCUCUGCACAAUUUUCAUAGAGGGUUGAAUAGCACUGGGGCAGUGGUUUUUUGCUUCCAUCGUGCGUUGCAUUGGACAAUAACGUCAGAUUGGUCUCAUAAGUAUGAGAACAGAAAUGCUGCCAAAAUGCCUCCGAGUUUUCUGAGUUAAAUAGCUCCAGAACAUAUUCAUUGCCAUGGGAUACGGUGUGGGAAAACAGAGCAUGAAAAGGGAACAGGCACAAAUGAGGCAAAGAGCUCUCAUUUCCCACUCCCGUCUGAAAGUAUCAGUUCCAAGUUCUGUAUGAGUGGGGACGGACUAAAUGGGACCUUCACCUCCUCUUUCUGAUGCCACUGGGGAUACUUUUGUUUGUGCAGAGACUUUGUUGCUCAUUGACGAGUGGCUGCAGAUCUCAUUAACGGCAAUGGGAAUAUUUCAUUGACUCGGCCGAUCAACCCGCAAGCAUGAAUUCUGGGUUGCUUUAUUCCAAGAGGGACUGUUUUAAGUUUUCAAAGGAGCCAAAUUACUUCUGGCACAUUGCCUGGAAUCACUUGAAUCCUGCAACUUUCCAACUCCGACUUUCGAGUUGUCAUGUUUUUCCAUUGCUUUGUCCUCAUUUCUUUGAUUUCUGUACAAAUCUACUUGUCACUCUCUCUUUGCUUCAAAAGGCAAUUGUGUAUAUACUUUGAUACCAAGCUGUAUAUAUUUGUCUUAUAUAUUUAAGUUUAACUGUUCCUUUCUGACAAACACUAAUUUUUAUUUAAAUAAAGUGAUCACUCUUUUGUGAAUUUUCUGUGGUGUGUGCUCAGUACUCCAAUGGGGUUUCUGUGACACAGGAUUCCCUGGGGCAAAUCUCACCUUUGCCAUGAACUCUGCCUUGAGCAAGCUGCUCUGUCUCAAACUCAGUCCUCCCUUGCUUUCCCACCACUUCAAUAUGGAGCUAAGGUUGUUGUAAGGAUUGCAACAGACCAGAAUUACAGUGGCAUGACUUCGACAUCAGCCAACUUCUUUCCUCCCCCAUCUAGCCUGAUAAAGAGUUCUGGGGGACUCAAAAGCUUGCACACAGCAUGUAUUUUGAGCCAACAUACCUACUUUUAUUUUGUGCAACAAGAUAAUGUUUCUGAAGCACUUGGUAGCACAGAACAAGGCAGUGGGCAUUCUAGUUUAUGGAAAUUGUGGCUAAAAUUGCCACUAAAAGAAGUGAACAAAACAGGCCUGCUUUUGAUGGUAAAUGGCAGGAGUGGGGAGCCCUUUUCAGCCGAAUGGCUACAUUCCUUCACAGGGAACCUUUUGGGGGUUGCAUUCCAGUGGUGAGCAGAGGUAAAAAUGUGUGGGGCAGCACCAGAUUUAAGGUGGUUCCCCUACACAAGGUGCCAAGCCGAGCGGGCACAGAAUUGAGAAAAUAACUGAGAAGAUCCAUUUGGGGGCACCAAAUUCUGGCCUCUCACAGGGUGCCAUAUUACAAAAGAUUACUCAAGUCUUCCCCUGUGUGGGUCAUUGGAGAAGACUCUUACCUUUCUACAACAGGGUGCAUUCCUGUCAUGCAAAAUUCACUCUCUUUUGCACACACACCUCUCUCUCUCUCUCCUCCAUUGAGGCAUGAGGCAUGAUAAUAGUUCAAGGACACAUUUUGGCCAUGCAAAACACAAAGAGGAAUAGAGCAGGGCUGAGAAGAGGGGUGGGGGUCUGGAGUGGAGGAGGGCCAGGGAAGUAUCCCAAAGGCCCUCUAGACUAGGGGGGCUGCAUUUGGCCAUAGAACACAAGGUUCCCACCCCAGGUCUGGGGAGAGUCCUGAGGGCUGGAUAAAAAGGCUCAAUCAAAGGGAGCUGAAUUUGGCCCAUGGGCCUGGGCUUCCCUACCACUGCACUGCUACAAGUUUUCUUAACCUGAAUGUGGAAUGCUGUUCUGGUUGAGCAUUUGGACUUGUAUCUAAUACACAAAAAGAUCCCCUUGGAGGUCUGUGGAGGCACUAGCGGUGAUAAUCCCAACCAACUUGUUCCCAAAUUGCCAGCCUAAUAUAACUGGGACAUUGCUUCUCCUGGGAUGAACGCUGUCUGAUAUGAAAGAUUACCUUGCAGUUUCCCAAAGAUGACAUUCAAACAGUAAGAGCAUAAAUAUUGCCAUCUUAGGACAUAGCAGUGGUUGAGUCUGGAAGCUGCCCACCAACAAUUAGCACUUGGGCAGCAGACUGAUCAGACACACAGGUCAACUGGUCACAAUCUUCCUCUAUUUAAAUUACAGUUGAAUAAACUUACGGAAAUCCAUUCCUUCUUUUGUCCUCUAUAUGGGUGAUGCAUAUUUUCUUUUUGGGCCAUCCUACUUCUGAUGAUGUAAGUGGAGGAAAUGUGACUGGGCUAGCCUUAACUAAAGGGCUCUUGGUACUCCUUUGAAGGCCAACUUGAGUCACUGGACUCUGAGUGGCAGGCUGCAGGGGAUGGCAGGAACUGAGGUAGGCUUCUGAGUGUGGCCCAGACAGGUCCGUAGGAAGCCAGUUAGAGACGACAUAAUUGCAAAACACCUCGCAUAUACAUGCUGGUAGCAUAAUGGGUUUAAAGUGAUUUAAUUGGAUACCAAGGGAUUAGAAAGAAGCCUGCAUGCACACUUCCUUGAUUUCUGCAAGACAAAAGAACAGAGAUGUGCUCUUUAGCACAAUAAGUAAUGAAUAUAAGAAAAUGAG